AUGGCGAGUUUCGAGAAAUUCGAACCCAUAUUCGGAGAAGUCGUACCCGAACGUGCGGAUCCGGGUUCGGGUCUUCUCCGGCGAUGUCUCUUCCACGUCUACGCUUCCGAUUCAUAUAACAUAACCGUCCGUGUCACCGACUUUGUCUCCGGCGUCUGGACGACGAUCCUCUCCGUCUCGCAGCUAGACGAUAUGAGAGAUGCUGUGGGGAUUGGUGGUUCGUGGUCUGAGUUCCUCGAUUAUACUAUAGCUUCCUUGAAAUCCGACAGUGUGAAGCUUCUUCUCCUGGGAGAAAACUCGGUUUCAAAUGGUGUUGAGACUGCGAGAUUAGUUUCUCAGAAGGCCAAAGGAAUGCCUCGAAUAAUUAUUCCUUUAACAAAGAUGGUAAGCUCAUCUGCUAGUGAAGCAAUGGCAAACCUGUCUCUCGAGUUGUUCAGAGCAUUCAAAAGCAAAAAGCACUUACAAGGAGAGGUGAGUUCUUCAGCUGCAGCAACUGAUGAAAAGGAUAAGAGGGACGCUACCUAUAACCAACUGGAUGUUAUGGCUCCAUCAUCAGAUAACCGGCAAGACUCUCCCGCCAAGCAACCUGCCCGAGAAGCUAACACAACAAAACCUGCUAAACGAGUGCCUGCUCACCGGAGAACCCGGAAACGGGGUGCCCUUCUGCAGGAUUCAGAAGAAGAGGAUGGCUGA